AACGCCUCCUGGUUUCACAUUACUGGCAGUAGCAGUCUAGCCAAAAUCAUACCCACAGCAAAGACACAACCGAAAGACCUUGAAAGAUGAAUGGAGAGGUUGAGCGGCGUGUUGUGUCUAAAGAUGGCCACAACAACAUCCGUAUCGAUAACGUUGAUGGCAUGGUGAAGCUCUACCUGCACGACCUCUGGACCACAGUGGUGGACAUGAAGUGGCGUUACAAACUUAGUCUUUUUGUGUCCACCUUUUUCACAACCUGGUUUUUCUUUGGCAUGCUUUUCUACCUGAUUGCAAUGGCACAUAAUGACCUUAACACCAAUCAGGCAUCAAACCACACACCAUGCGUGAUGAAUGUGGCCACAUUAACUGGAGCAUACUUAUUCUCCCUAGAGUCACAGACUACCAUCGGCUAUGGUUUCCGCCACAUCUCAGAGGAGUGCCCACUUGCCAUCUUAACACUGGUGUUACAGCUGGUGCUCACAGGCCUGGCUGAGAUCUUUGUAACUGGCGCCUUCCUGGCCAAGCUUGCACGGCCCAAGAAGCGCUCUGAGACAGUAAAAUUUAGCAAGUUAGCACUGGUCUCCAAGCAUAAGGGCCAGUUAUGUGUGAUGGUUCGUGUGGCCAAUAUGCGUAGGAGUCCACUGGUUCAGUGUCAGCUCUCAGGCAAGCUGCUUUAUCCCUAUGUCACUGAAGAGGGUGAGAAGAUCCAGCUCCACCAGGAGUCUGUGGACUUCCAGUUCGAUUCCAACGAGCAGUGCCCCUUCCUUGUUAUGCCUCUUAUCUUCUAUCAUGUGCUGAAUGAAAGUAGUCCUCUGGCCAGCCUCACUGCUGAGACCUUGAAGGUGAGAAAUUUUGAACUUGUGGUGACCCUAAAUGCCAUUAUGGAGUCCACAGCUUCCACCUGCCAAAGCCGUACUUCCUAUGUUCCUCAAGAGUUCCGCUGGGGUUAUGAGUUUAAGCCUGUACUCUUUGGUACUCAUGGAGGCAAGUUCGUCACAGACUUUAACUAUUUCGAUGAGAUUCAGAUCAGUAAUGACACCUUGCUUCUUCAGGAGUCAAGGAAUGAGAAGCUCAUGUUAGAGAAUGAGUAUCGUAAAGAAUCAGAAGAAGAGAGCGCUGAUAAUAAUAAAAGAACAUAGAGCUGAGUUUCCUCACUGUUACAGUAAAUGAUAGAUUAUGAUGAACACUCUCUUUCCCAGUUAAGACAGUCGUAUCUCAGAUACUUUUGGGAAACUCACACUGUCAUGUACCAAGACAGCAUAUGAAGUUAAAGCACAUAAAUUAUAUACACAAGUUCCACAUGGCCAAGGAGGCAUUCAGUGUAAGACAGUAUAAUCAUUUGCUUUAACAUAAAACUCAUCUUUAAAGCCUAUGAGACGGCCAAGCCCUCUUCAUCAUACAGAUCAAAGGGAAUUCAAAGUACACUAUUCGUCAUAUUACAUUUCCUGACAGAAAAGUGCAUAGAGUAUGGUUGCAGCCAAAAUGAUAGAUUUUCAGGUUAAACUACAAAACAUAGAAUAUUAAUAAAGGGGCUUUCAAAUUGAAUUAAGUAGGCCUAUAUCUUAAUCAUAUAGGCAUAAGCAUAUCUAACAAAAAGCAUAAAAACACAAAAUAAAAGAAGCUGACCAUUAUAGGAGUAUAUACAGGAGUAUACAGGUAUAUACUCAGAUAGCUAGAGGUAUAUACUGUAGGUCUAUAUACACUUACUCAAAAUAAUGUCACAUCUGAGUGGUAAACUAGGUGGUGGGUUAUCUGUAUAUUGUACAAAUUAUGGCUGAAGCACUUUUACUAACAUUUUAGACAGUAUCGGUGCGACUAUAAUCAUUUUUUUCGAACACACACGCAAACGCAAACGCACACACACAGACAGUUCCCAUUGGUAUCAGUUACCAUCUAUCUAUAUACAUUAUUUAAUAAAAUCUUUUUGUUUAUUAUGUAAAACAGGUAAUGCAUCCUUAGUACAUUUGCAAAAUGUAUGAGACAAACAUCUGUAAGUAAUCAUUUAAUUACAAUGAAAACCUUAGCAUGUUUAUAAUAAAUCAGUAUG